AUGACCCCGAAAUGGUGCUACAGACUUGUUCUAAUUAGCUUGGUGCUGAGAGUGAUGGGUGGAUGUUGGGUGGCCUUCGUUGCUUUGGAGUACACCCGCUACUACGUACUCAACGACCUGGCCGAGCUCGACCUUCUCCGGGUUCUUACCGGCUCUCCCCAAUUUGCCAUCCAAGCAUUCCUCUUUCCAUUUCUAGGUGUGUUGUCAGACAGGGUCUCGAGGAAGAAGCUCAUCCUUGCUUCGAGUGUGGCUCUCUCCGCUUCAGCUUGGCUGAUGACGGUUGUGCCGUCUGUGGAAAUCUACGUUUUCACGAAGGUACUGGCACUAGUGGCGGAUAUUGGUGGCCCAAUCCGAGAUGCAAUGCUGCGCGACAUUUUCUCGGCGGACGAGUGGGAAUUGCAGGACGGUGGUGUGACAGGCCUGAAAGCCCGCUUGGCUAUUGUGGGUCAAAUGGGCUUCGGCUUUGCAAUGGCAAUUGGGAUGGCCGUGAUGAAGCUGGGCGAGAUUGGUGUUGGCCUGCCAAAUGAAUACACGGUGCACAAGGAAGACUGUGGAUCGCAUCACUGUAUUCAGCCAGGGCAUUUCAGCUGGGAUGGGCCCUGGGCAGUUGAUGGCAGCUUGAGGCUUCUAAUGCUGAUGGGGUCCGUUACCUUGUCGAUCGAAACCCUGCUCAUCGCGCUUGCGUUCCCCGAGACAAUCAAGCCUGAGUUGCGAACCAGCACUCGCAAGCUGGUGAUGCAGAACUGGCGAGUCAUUCAGCCCUGGAACAACCUUCGCGUUUUCGCUACGCAUGAGCUUCGGUUCCUGAUGUCCAUCCGUACCUUGGGUUACAUGAUUGCCGCAGGAGGUGGGUCCGUGUAUAUGUCAUUCUACCAGCGCUUCGAGUUCGACACUUUCACGAUGAUGACGCACACCGUCUUAGCAGGAACUGCAACGUGGUUGACCACCUUAGCCGUGCCAAAGCUGGUUGUUCGCUGGGGUGACAUGCGUGGAGUUUGGAUCCCGGCGGUCGUGAUAACUCUGCUGUAUGGACUGGCAUGUGGAUUCACCCCAGCUGACCAUGGAUACCUCGUCUACAUUAUUUGGCCGCUGCUUGGUGGGCCUUCCUUUGCUCUGAACGGCUUCGCUCCUGACUUGCUAGCAAAGUUGGUUCCGGCAGAUGUCCAGGGCACAUUCCAAACGUCAAAGUCGUUUCUUUAUCGGCUUUCGCAAGCCAUCUUCAUGUGGCCCUGGAACCAGCUCUACAUGCAUACCAAGAUGUUUGCGUAUCCGAUGGAUGCCACAGCGCUGUGGGUUUCCCUUCUCUUUGGGGUUGGUAUGUUGGCACUUACUUGUUACGCAUGUCGCCACGACCCCUGCAAUGCCAUCAAGAAUGGAAGAGCCUUGGAAGCCUUCCUGGCCAGUGACUAUGCCAAGAGCAGCUGGUACCAGAAGCACACGGCGGAGGAUGUGCAUGAGCCAGAGACAGCCUCUGCGUCAGGUGGCCAGCAGAUUGAGAUGCUCCAGUACACUGCAGCGCUCAGUCGACAGGUAAGCAAGCAGAGCAAGCACAGCUCUGCCUCGAAGCGUAAGCACGACACGACAGAUGUUGAGCAUUCACAAGUUUCUUCACAAGCGGAGAUGCCCGAGGCACAGGGCUCAGCGUACGCAGCGCUGGUGUCAGCAGAGGAUGGUCAGCAGCAGCAGACCGCCAAACCUCAGGAUAUACCCCAAGAUGCUGACAGCGUGCAAGGCCCCACAUUCAAUGGGCUCUCGCAGGAACUGGAAGAAAAGUAUCAGACCACCGUGAAGCGGCUGAAGCAGCAGCUGCAGCAGGAGCAGAAGCAAGCAGCAAAGAUGCGAGCGAUCGCGGACCGUCAGUUCUCGGAGCCGUCAGAACUUGAGGCAUUCUUUCUGGAGUGCGUAGAUCAGGUGAAAUCGGAGAUAACCGAGCGCCGAAAAAUGGCGCUUGAGCAGAACAAAGCUUUGCGAGCUGGUGGGGAGGUGAAGGCUCGAGGAUAUCCUGAAGCUCUCCCACCCCAUCUUGCAAAGCUGGCGCAGGCUCCGACGCUGGAUGAUUUUACUGUCACCGACAGACGCAAGGUAGUAGAACUGCUGCUCAGCAGCGAGCACGUUCUACAGUUCCUUUAUGACAAGCUCUUCCCUCCUGAAUCUUCAGCUCAAUGA